UUGCCAAUACAGGGUGCUCACUACACACCGGGAUAAACUAGGAGAUAAGGCCCUUGCCCAAGGACCCUUAAUGAUUUUCUGCUUCAGCUGGGAUUUGAACUGAGGAUCCUCUGGUCUCAAGCCCAACGCUUAAACCACUAGACUAUCACCUCCCCUAAAGUCGAGAACUUCAUAGACUACGGGCAAACAUCAUCAGCAUCAUCAAACAUCACAUUAAAAUAAAUAAAAUUCAAGCUCAAGCUUUGUAUAAAAAUGCUUAAAGUUUAAAUAUUCAACAUUAGCUGGUGUAAUCUUGUCUACAUACUGGGCCCCGUUACAUAAGUCAUCAUGUGACAGAUAACUGCAGAGAUAAAACCAAAAAUAUUAGAAAUUGUAAAUAUUAAGGACCUAAAACUGUCCACAGCACUCAGGAACAGUUUAUGGUGUUCUAAGCUUUAUUCCAUGUUCUUUCAUUUACAGCCAACUUUGAGGUUAGUUGGUUUUUUUUUUUUCCUCCCGCCACCUUCUGUGUGUUACUCUUCAAAAUGGUGUCUCUCGUUCGGACUCUGGGACACCACACGGACGAGGUGAGCUCCUGCUCCUUCUCUCCGGCUCUGCUGGCCUGCUGCGGGGACAAAACACUCCGUGUUUACCACACGGCCGACUUCUCGGAGCUGCCCUUCUCGCCUCUGUCGGCACACGAGUACCGGGUUCACUGCUGCUGCUUCAGCUCCUGCGGCAGCUUCCUGCUCAGCUGCUCCACGGACGGCUCCGCCAUCGUCUGGAGCGCCGCCACCGGGGAGGUGACGGCGGAGCUGCGGCACCCGGCGCGGAGUCCGCUCCGAGUGUGCCGCGCUGGCUCCCGGACUGCUUCCGUGGUGCUGGCGGGAGCCAGUGACGGCACCGUGGCUCUGUGGGACUUCCACAGCAGGACCUUACGGAGUUGCGUAGCAGUCGGUGAGGACAGCGUAGUGGCUUGCUGCUUCUCUCCAUGUGGACAGAUGUUCGUGACCGGAUGCAGCCGUGGAGACCUCAAACUGUGGGACUUGGGCACGAGCCUGCUGUACGCUGUGAAGGACGCCCAUGACCUGGGAGUCACCUGCUGCAGCUUCGCGCCUCAUUUUAAAGUUGACGACUGCUGUGCAGAGUUUCGACUGGCCUCAUGUGGACAGGACAGCAAGCUAAAAAUAUGGACCGUUAGCCAGUGUGACGCAGCAGCCUGCCUCGUGAAGCUGCUUCACACUCUGUCCGCUCAGUCGGCUCCGGUUCUGUCCUGUGCUUUUUCCGCUGAUGGACAAAUGGUCAUCUCGGGUUCAGUGGAUAAAAGUGUGGCAGUGUAUGACGCGAGCCUGGGAACGCUGCUGCACACUUUGAAACAACACGACAGGUAUGUGACAGCUGUUGCGACGUCUCCCAGCAUGCCAUGGAUCGCCAGCGGCUCCACGGAUAGAACCGUGAAUGUGUGGAGAAUCGGAACCAUAGACCCUGAAACUGCUGCUGAGGCGGGAGAGACAUGGUGCCAAGGAAAUACACUGCCGCGUCACUCCAUGCUUCUGAUUGCUGAUUGGUCGGAGGACGACGUGCAGACGUGGCUGCGUGAGCAAGGACUGGAUGAGCUUGUCAGCAUCUUCAAAUCCAAUAACAUUGAUGGAGCCGAGCUCAGUGAGCUGACCAAGGAAACUGCAGCCGAACUGGGAAUUGAUUCUCUGGGCCUCCGUGGUCGACUCCUAAGGAAAGUCAAGGCCCUGAAGGUGGAACAUACUGGCUCAGAGACCCCAGAUGAGUUUUUGUGCCCAAUAACCAGAGAGCUCAUGAAGGAUCCCGUUAUUGCUGCAGAUGGUUUUUCCUAUGAGCAAAAGUCCAUAGAGAACUGGAUCAGGGCCAAGAACAAAACCAGUCCCAUGACGAACCUGCCUCUGCAGACAACCCUCAUCACCCCCAACAGAUCUUUGAAGAUGGCCAUCUCAAGGUGGAAGUCCAGCCAGUAGUUAACAGCUGGUGUCAGCACAAAUGAACCCAAACCCAUUCCUAAACAAUUACACAGCAAUUCUGCGUACA